AAUAAUGUUUAGUGCUGUGUAUUUGUUAUUAAUAACCACCCUGUAUUGGCAACAAGUCAACAGUCGCCAUCUUGUGUCACCCAAUUAUCAUAGUUUACAACAACCCUAUUAUUUACCUUAUAACGAUUAUGGUUAUACCUAUGCAGCAGCCGCCGCCGCCGGUCCUUAUCAACCCGGUCCUUAUCCACAACCCUAUGCCCAACAUUCACCUUUAUAUUCUCCACCAGGUACAUAUUUUGAUCAACGUCGUGGUAUUUUAAGACCAUUUCCGGGAGGUGGCGUACCCGUAUUAGUGGAUUAUCACAAACGUUGUUCGAAUCAAUAUGUGGGCGUGAAAGCUCAUCCGGAACAACAUCAAUAUUAUUAUGUUUGUAAACCGGAUUGUGUGAUAUUUGGAAAAUGUCAAAAUUUACAGAUCUUCAAUAACUCGAGUGGACAAUGUGCUCAAAAUCCACCACCUGAAUAUAUACCCACCUGUUCAGGAGUAGGACGUUUUCCCCUCUUCUCCGAUUGUCAUCUCUAUUACAAAUGUGAAGAAGAUCUACAGCCCAAAAUCUAUUCCUGCCCCGCAUAUAUGGUCUUUUCUCCCGCCUCCAAGAAAUGCAUCAAUGGUAAUAAAUGUACACCCACACAAAUAUCACCACAUAGUUCUUAUAUACCCGAAUAUUGUGCCAAUAAAUUUCCACCCUGUUAUGAAAAUGGCGUAUUCCGUUCGCCAUCCGAUUGUUCUCUAUACUAUAAGUGUGAUUUACAAAAGAAUGGUGUCUAUAUGCAGACAAGAUUAAGAUGUCCCACUGGUAAUUUCUAUGAUUUGCAAAAGAAUGAAUGUUUACCCUCAGAACAAGUGCCCUGCGAUUGCAUACAAGUAGCGGAAUUGGUUUAUCCUAAAGCGAAUAGUAUAUCGUAUCAGCCGGCCAUGUAUCCAGCACAAUAUGAUUUUGAUUCUUUAGAGGAGAAUUUGUAUCCCGUAGAACAAUCGGCAGAGGAAAUGAAUAUCAAUUGUAAUAUAAAUGAAACUAAAAGUGAUAAGAGCGAAAAUGAAGCCGAAGAAGAAGUGAUUACAACUGUGGCUCCCGAGACCUCAGAAACCACUUUAGUUACAGAAGCUGUGGAACAAAACGACAGUGGAGCUGAUGUUUUAACUGACUAUUUGGAUAUUGAAAACAAUGAAGAGAAAAAACAAAGCGAUGAAAUAGAAGAAGAAGCUCAAGACCUUAUUGCAACAACUAUUAGUUCCGAAGAAACAAAUAGCAUAGAAGGUUCUGGUUCUGAAACUGAUACCACAGAGCAAAGCCUUGAUGAAGAAACUUCCACAACAUUGGAUGAGAGUAAAUCGGAAACUGAUGAUCCUAUAAUGGAUACCACGGCAGAGACUGAAGAAGUAGAAGCAACUUCUGCAACUACGGAAAUUACUGAAGAAGAAACAGAUCAGCCAGAUGUACUAAUAGAAGAAACUGAACGGGAAACUGUAAAACCCUCUAUGGAGGAGGAAAAUGAAGUAAUAACAUCCACUACGGCAAAAGAGGAAACAACUACCACCUCCACCACAGUUUUGGCAAAAACCACAGAUAUGCCAGACAAAUCGGUGAAACCAGAACCCUGCGAAAAUAUGAUAGAAAGUGAUGAAAGUAAUGAUAAACCCUUGCCCACUGUUGCAGCCCCGCCAUGUGUUGAAAACGAUAAUGGAAAAAUACCACGUUUAGAGAUUAUAGCCGAACGUCCUAUCGAUGUACAUUUCUCUGUAUGUCCUUCCACUUGCGAUAAAGAUCACAAACAUAAUUUUGCCAAUAAUCGUGCUGUUUUCCUAAGAUGGUUUGCUAAUAAAUCGAAACAAACUAUGGGCUUUGAGACCGUUAAUGAAGUGAAUACUAGCGAUGCUAAAGACUGUUGAUAAUAGGAUGUUUGUUUCUUUUUUUUAAUUUAAUGUAAUUUAAUUAUCAUUUUAAGUUUUACAUUUUAUUUAGUUUUUAAGAAAUUUAAUUUAUCGAACUGUCUAAAUAAAAUAAUCCGCAAAAA